AUGUUUGCUCUGCGAAACCAGGUUCGAACCCACAUUGCCCGGGGCUUUGUCUCCGCCCGACAGUCUCUCAGCACACUGGCUCUCAUUGAGCAGAGCAAUGGCACCAUUGCCGGAUCUACCCUCAACGCCCUGACUGCCGCCAAGGAGCUGGGAGGCGACGUGACCGCUCUGGUGGCCGGCUCCAAGGCUGCCGACGUGGCCGCUCAGGUUGCCAAGAUCAAGGGAAUUGCCGCCGUGCUCACCGCCUCAUCCCCCGCCUACGACCACGGUCUGCCCGAGAACUACGCCGAUCUGGUCGCUGCUGCCACCAAGGAGGGUGGCUUCACCCACGUCGUGGCCCCGUCCUCCGCCUUUGGCAAGAACGUGCUCCCCCGAGUCUCCGCUCUGCUCGACGCCACCCAGAUCUCCGACAUCACCAAGAUUGAGUCCGAGGACACCUUUGUGCGACCCAUCUACGCUGGCAACGCCAUUGAGACCGUCAAGUCCAAGGACCCCAUCAAGUUGCUGACCGUGCGAGCCUCCGCCUUCCCCGCUGUCGAGCUCGAGGGCGGCUCUGCCAGUGUCUCUGACGCCAAGGACCCCGCUUCGGAGCCCCAGUCCGAAUGGCUGUCCGAGGAGCUCACCAAGUCUGAGCGACCCGAUCUUGGAGGUGCCAAGAAGGUUGUGUCUGGUGGCCGAGGUCUCAAGAACAAGGAGAACUUUGACAAGAUCAUGUUCCCUCUUGCUGACGCCCUUGGAGCUGCUGUUGGUGCUUCUCGAGCCGCCGUUGACUCUGGUUUUGCUGACAACUCUCUCCAGGUUGGCCAGACCGGAAAGGUUGUUGCUCCCGAGCUUUACAUUGCCGUCGGUAUUUCCGGCGCCAUCCAGCAUCUUGCUGGAAUGAAGGACUCCAAGGUCAUUGCCGCCAUCAACAAGGACGCCGACGCCCCCAUUUUUGAGGUUGCGGACGUUGGUCUUGUUGCCGAUCUCUUUGACGCUGUCCCCGAGCUCACCGAGAAGGUCAAGGCUUAG